UGGAGGGAAGUUUUGGACCAAAGAAAAAGAUUUUUGUAAACAGGUGAACUUCUCGAUGACAUUCAUACAGGAAGUUGGUGUGGUAGAGGAGUUGGCUCCUGCAGCAAAGCAGCAGAGCAGUUUUUCUCAUGCUGUUGUUUGCCAGAUGAUGUUUUUUUGCAAGACAGGAUACAAGAGAGGCGAACAGACAGAACGAGAAACGAGCUUAGCUCAACAAUUUCACCAAAGAGAGGUAGUAAAUCAAGAGGAACAGAGGUUACGCCUCAUGUGGAGGUAGAUUAAAAAACAGCAUCGAGAGAAGUUUAUCUGCGCUCUGAAAUUCAACGAUGGGCACCGAGGAGAAAGACUCAGAGCUGGAAGUGCAGCCGCCAUCGAAGGAGCAGGGACCUUCUGAGAAAGAAAAAGAGUCUCCUGUCGAGCAUCCUCAGACGUCUGAGACCACCGACCCCCUCAACACGUACAAGUGGCACACGGGCUCCAAGGGGACGCUGAACGAUAAAGAAGAUGGAGACGGAGGAACGACUUCCUCCACGUCCCCCAUCGACAGGAUUCAGAAGGCUUCCAGCAACAAGUGGAGCAAGAUGCAAAACUGGCGCAAGGCCCUGAGCGAGGACCCCGGAGACAAGAACAGCUCAUCCAGCGGGAAAACUGCAGAGGCACCCAAGCCUGAGAGAGGGGCAGGGGGAACCAGGAAGAACCCGUUCAGAAGGGCCCUGUCUGAGCCUCCAGGGUCUCUUUUUGCAGCUCUGACCCCUUCCUCCAGCUCAGCCAACGCAGCUCCAUCCUCAUCGUCAGCAGCUGCCGAAGCAUCAGGGGGAUCCUCUGCUGACCCCUCACAGAAAGGAGGCGGGGGCGCCAUCUUCAAAAAGUACCUGUGGAAUGUGACCCAGAAGCUGAAGAGGCCCAGGCUGCAGAGCCGCAACAGUGCUCAGACUUUACUUCCAGACGUGGGAGAGGCUGAAGUGACGCCAGCUACACCCACUGAACUUCCACGACUACAAUGGGCCCCGCCUCAGGAGGUCCCAAUAUGGGACAUCUGCAACUGUGUCCUCGAAGACGGACAAAUCCUCAUUUCCCAGGAGGACGAGCCCAUGACGUGGAUCAGAAACCGUGUCAGCAGCUGCUUGUCCAACCUCAGCAUGCAGAACCUCACCGAUCUCGACACAGGUGAUAAAUUCUGAGAACACACACUGCUUUGGCUGCUCAUCUGCUGCCGAACGAGACCGUUGGAUUGAAGAUCUGAGGCGAGCGGCCCAGCCCAAUAAAGAUAAUGUGGAGCGGAUAGAGAACUCCUUGAGUCUGUGGGUCAACGAGGCGAAGGACCUGCUACCCAAACGGCGGUAUUACUGCGAGGUUCACCUGGACGGGACCCUGUUCGCCCGCACCAGCAGCCGAGCCAUUGGAAAGCCGGCUAACCGCUCCAGCCUGGCUGGGGAUAACUCCGCGGGGUCUUCAGGAGGCCUGGGAGCUGGCGGAGGUGUGGGUGGAGGGUGUCAGCUGUUCUGGGGGGAAUUCUUCGAGCUCGACAACCUGCCAUCAGUCUCCCAAAUCAGCCUGCACCUUUUCCGUGAAGAAGACACCAAAAAGAAGCGCCACUCCCGGGAAGAGCUGAACCUGCACCCGCUGGGCAGCGUGGAAAUCCCCCUGGCCGAUAUCCGAGGGAGGACCUUCCAGGAGAAGUGGUACCCCAUCGCUCCAUUCAAGGCCGCAGGUGCAGCGGGGAGCAAGGAGCUGCUGGGGCCACAGGCCUCGCUCCGCAUCAAGGCCCGCUUCCAGAACCUGAAAGUUCUGCCCAUGGAGAAGUACAAGGAGUUUGCAGAAUACGUGACGGUGGAUUACAUAGAAAUGUGCAGAAACCUGGAGCCUCUUCUGAAUGUGAAGGAGAAGGAAGAGCUGGCUGGAGCUCUGGUCCACGUGCUCCAGAGUAUCGGCAAAGCCAAGGAGUUCCUGAUCGAUCUGGGCGGUGCAGAAGUGGAAAAGUUCGGGGAGAAGGAAGCUCUGAUCUUCAGAGAGAACACGUUGGCCACUAAAGCCAUAGACGAGUACAUGAAGCUGGUCGGUCAGCGGUACCUGAUCGACACACUCGGGGAUUUCAUCACACGACUGUACUCCUCAGUCGAGAACUGUGAAGUUGAUCCUCGUAAAUGUCCCGCCGCUGAGCUGACGAGCAACCAGCAGCACCUGAGGGAAACCUGCGAGGAGGUCGUGCAGAAGAUCGUUGGGCUCCACGGACCUUUUCCUGAGGAACUCAACAAGAUCUUCUCYAGCUGGGGGGAGUUGUGUGAAGACCAGGGCAGAGCAGAAAUCGGCCAGCGGCUCAUCUCUGCUUCCCUCUUUCUUCGCUUCUUGUGUCCUGCUGUUCUCAGUCCUUCUCUUUUUGGUUUGAUGCAACCUUAUCCAGAGCCCAACACACUCCGGACCCUGACCCUGACCGCCAAAGUCAUCCAGAACCUGGCCAACUUCACCCUGUUUGGAGAGAAGGAAGAGUAUAUGCUGUUUAUGAAUGAAUUCCUGCAGCAGCACUGGGAUGGAAUGAGGUCUUUUCUCCAGACUGUUUCCAAUCGGGACACAGAAAUCUCAAUGACGUCCUUCGACGGAUACGUAGACCUGCCUCUGCGUUUAGCUGUGCUGCACGGUCUGCUGGUGGACAUUAUUCAUAAGAAAGACCAGGAAACAAUAAACAAGCUGCACCCGCUGCCCUCCGUACUCAACCAGAUUACAGAGGUGCUCGGACCUGAAGUGCCUCAGAUCACCAUAAACAGCCGAACAGAACAAACCAAACCGAUCUACGUUCCUCCCAAAGACCUGGGAAAGUACAGCCCCCUUCAGUCCUCCAUGCAGAAGCUGCCUGUGGACUCCAGAGGCCUUCGAGACAAUGAUGCCAGGACUCAUAGGAGCAUGAGAAAGGGGAAGCCUCUCGCCAGAACCCAGAGCGCUCCACACAGACAACCUGCACACGCCAAGCAUGUCCUGAAGAGGCAGCAGAGCUCCGAAGCUCUGCCGACCGCCGACCUCCAGCAGCAGGAGCAGGAGAUGGAGCCCAACCAGCCCAUCAUCACGCCCCCGGAUACCGGCAGAAGCAUCAAGCGUCCACCUGCACCAGUUCCAUGGAUUAUUGUGAACCCCAACAGGGAGUCGUGUGAGAUGAAGACAGCGAACGAGCAGUUCAGCGUGUUGGACAGACACGCCCAGGAGCUGUCCGAGCUCCGGCUGGGGAUCGAGCAGGUGACGGAUCGGGAGCUGGAAAUGGCCAAGCGCCUGGAGGACUUCAUCAACCAGAGCCAGGACCAGAACGCCAUGCUGCAAGCUGAGGUGGUUGAGCUUAGAAACGUGCUGGCGUUACGAGACGAGCAGCUCGCCAGCGCYACCUUCAGGCUGGGUGUGAUCGAGGAGGAAAGGGAGGAAGAUGAGAGGAAGCUCAGCGUUGCUCUUGCAGCAGCUGAAAGAGUCAAUGUGCUGGAGGAGCAGUUCGCCGGCCUGCUGAGGGACAUUCAGCACCUGAACGAGGCCGUCAGCAGCAGUCAGAACAAAACCCCGCCUCCUGACCAGCCUCACAUCAACAGCAACUGAGCUCCGACACAGAGAAAGAAUUCAGCUGCCGUUUCGUAACGAUGCACAUAAAUAUAUUUAGUUUGUGAAACCUACAGGAUUUAUCUGCAUUUCCAUGUCUUUGUAUCUCAACUUUAAUCAAUAAAAAAGGUUGAUUAUUA